UUCAAGUUAUACUACAUCAGACAUCGGAUCGCUUAACAUGGAAGACCUAUUAGAAGAUUUGGAUAAAAUUCCACCAAUCUCUAUUGUGGUUGAGAAGUUAGGAGCGUCAGAACGUUGUACAAUACCUUGGAAAAGUUUAUUCAAUGACUUAAUAAACAUGAGAUUCAAUUCGCCCGAAACUGUCUUAAAACUAAUACCGACUGAGUUGGCUGAAUUGUUUUUGCAGUACAAUUUAAAAAAGAACGACGUUACUUCAUUAUCGGACGCAUAUAAAAGAUUUGACUUUGCUUUGUUCAACAUUGGUCAUCAUAUUGAUGUCUCCGAUGAUAUCCAAAAUAACAAACGCUUUGUUUUUUUUGGAUGCCCGUUGUACGAAGUAAAUGUACACUUGAUGAAACUUGUGGGUAAAAUUAAAGUUUCGUCCAGUGUUGAAAAUGCCUUGGAAAGCACUGAAUCAGUGGAAUGCUGGAAAAGGAGCACCUUUGGAGAACAUGUAAUUACUAUUCUAGCUUACAGGGUCCCAAAGAAGUUAUGUCGCAGGGCUUUAACAGACAUGUCAUUAAGUAAAUUGGGCUCUCCAAGGUAUUUAAUGAUUUGGUGUACGAAUGUUUCUGUAAGUUCACUGAAAAGUUCUUGGAAAAUUGAUCUGAAAAAAUCAUUAACUAAGAAAGUUGUUGUUACGGAAAAAAAAUUAAAAACAGUAAAGAAAUAUUUAACAGAUGAUCAUACUGUUAAAACAAACGGACAGAAAAAUUAUGACCAAUUCUCGCCCCAAGACUUGCAAUUAAAAAUCAAUUUUUAUUUACGCGAUAUUAUUAAGACUUCAUGUUCUAAAGAAUUAGAAAUUGAUAUUGUUUUGUUGAACUCUAUGGCAACAACAAAUACAACAAUAUUUAAGAAAUAUCCGAAACUUAUUCCUACUAAUUAUCUGUCAAUAAACGGAUUAUGCAAAAUAAAAGAGCUAAUAAAAGAUUUGGAUGAAGUUCCACCAAUAGUAGUUCUGAAAAAAAUUUCUGAAAAUUAUGAAAUACCAUGCAAAAAUUUAUUAAACGCUUUAGUAAACGCAAGGUUUAAUUCCCCGGGAAUGAUAUUGAGGUUUGUAUCGUUAAAACAAACAAAUGCUUUCUUGGAUUCUAUUAAAAAAGAUUCAGAACAACAGCCUUGGCCAGCUGAACUGAACAUGUUAGAGUGCAAUAUGUUUCAGAUAGGCGAUAACUUUAAUGUCUGGGAUGACAUUAAUAAUAACAAAAAAUUCAUUUUCUCCGGUUGUUCUUUGUGCAAUGCCAAUCUUCAACUAUUAAAAUUGAUGCCCAAAAUUAAAGUAUCGUCAAGUUUGUUAAAUACUCUAAAUAGCACUACGUCAGUUAUGUGUUGGGGUAGGAGUACAUUUGGCAAAGAGGUUAUAAUCACUAUAGUGUAUCCUACUCCGUGUAAGUUAAAUGAAACAUUAUCUACUAUAUCAAUGGAAAAUUUGGAUCAACCUAGGUAUUUAAUGGUUUGGUCGCCUAAAAGUAUACCAGAAAAUAUUUUACAAGAAUUGUGGAAUAGUAGUGAUCUAGACCCACCAAAAAAAGUUGAUUAUUAUUUAUCUGGUAAUAAAUCAUCAGAGAAUAUAAUUCAAAAAAGUAUUCAAUGUUUGACAAAAGAGGAAGUACAAGUAGAUGAUCAUUGUUUAACCGAUAGCCUACAACAAACAAAUGCAAAUUGUUUAGCAUCAGAAAUAGAAUAUAAAGUUAAUGUUCCUAAAAAAAUUAAAUCUAAAGAUCGUCGGUACACAAGAAUUUUGAAGCCUGUUAUGGUUCUUGGUAACUCACUAAGAAGGUCUUAUCGAUAUGCAAUUAAAAAAUUAUCAAAUUGUGGCUCAAAAGUUUGUGGUCUUUUUUGCGAUUGUGUUUGAGUAAAAUGUGUUCAGACUUAUAAUACUUCAACUUUUAUCGACCUAGUAUGUUAAAGUUCUCCUUUGGAUGGAAUAUUGUAUUAAUAGUUUUUAUUAAUGAUUUAUUUUUAAACAUUAAUUUUUCUACCAUUUAUAUUAACUCAAUUGUGAUUAUUUUUUUAAUUUAAUAUUUUAUUUUUAAUCUUUU